UCCAACAUGGCGGAGGGAACUGGGUGUAAAUAAACACUCGUUAGACGUUUUAAAAGCUAUAGCUAACAACACUCGCAUUUUUUUGUGUGUAUGACAUAUUGUACUGGGGAAGUAAAAUGUCAACUGACGGAAACAAGAAACAAUUCUGGAAAAGAAACACAGCUAAGGUCCCUGGCAGCAUACAACAUGUGUAUGGUGCUCAACAUCCUCCUUUCGACCCUCUUCUGCAUGCUAAUCUAAUCAAAGCGGGCAACAAGCCCCAGACGACACCGGGAGGGAAGUCAAAGAAAGCCACCACCUUCCAGGAGUUUGAGAGCAUCACCAGCGAUGCCUGGGACGUGGGGGAUGACGAUGACGAGCUUCUCGCCAUGGCCGCACAGAACCUCAACAUCGAGGUCGUCAUGGAAACAGCCAACAAGGUUAUCGAGAACCACAGCAAGCAGCAGGAGAAGCAGAGACAGGACGAUGCCGGCGCGUCAGAGCUGGAGGAGAGAGAGGAAGAGGACGCAAAUGAAGAAGAGGUGGAAGAAGAGGAAGAGCAGGGGGAGGAAGGGGAGGAAUCAACCCCUGAGGUGUCGUUUGCCUCUGAGCCCAGCCCGCUUGGCGAUGGCAGACUUGUGAAGUCACUGAGUGAGGCCCCCAUCGGAUCACCUAAGGAUGUGUCGCUCCACAGACAGCAGUCCCUGCCCCACCGGCCUACCAUCCCCAUGGUGGCUCGUAUAGCUGACCAGAACACCUCCGGGACCCCAGCCAUGACGGAGAGAGAGGCUUCUCGCCUGGACAAGUUCAGACAGGUCCUGGCUGGACCCAACACUGACCUUGAGGAAUUACGAAAGUUGAGCUGGUCUGGAAUUCCUCGCCAGGUUCGUCCAAUCACGUGGAAGCUCCUAUCGGGUUACCUUCCUGCCAACACAGAGAGGAGAGAGAGCACGCUACAGAGGAAGAGACAGGAAUACUUUGGUUUCAUAGAACAGUACUAUGACUCGCGCAAUGACGAGCACCACCAAGACACAUACAGACAGAUUCACAUUGACAUCCCGAGAACCAAUCCCCUUAUUCCUCUCUUUCAACAAGCUUCUGUCCAAGAGAUCUUUGAGCGUAUCCUGUUCAUCUGGGCGAUCCGCCACCCGGCCAGCGGCUACGUGCAGGGCAUCAACGACCUCGUCACGCCUUUCUUUGUCGUCUAUGUCUUUGAGUACAUCAAGGAGGAGGUGGAGAACUUUGAUGUGUCCAGCUUGCAGGAGGAGACUUUGCGGAACAUCGAGGCUGACAGUUUCUGGUGCAUGAGCAAGCUGUUGGACGGCAUUCAGGACAACUACACAUUUGCCCAGCCUGGGAUCCAAAGAAAAGUCAAGGCUCUGGAGGAGUUGGUCAGCAGGAUCGAUGAAACAGUGCACGUCCACAUGCAGCAGUAUGAAGUGGAGUAUCUCCAGUUUGCCUUCCGUUGGAUGAACAACCUGCUGAUGAGAGAGCUGCCGUUACGCUGCACUAUACGCCUCUGGGACACCUACCAGGCUGAACCAGAGGGAUUCUCUCACUUCCAUCUCUACGUGUGUGCUGCUUUCCUGGUGCGAUGGAGGAAAGAGAUUCUGGAUGAGAGAGAUUUCCAGGGUCUGAUGAUCCUGCUGCAGAACCUACCCACCAUGCACUGGGGCAACGAGGAGGUCAGCGUGCUCCUGGCCGAGGCCUACAGGCUGAAGUUUGCCUUCGCUGACGCCCCCAAUCACUACAAGAGAUGAGUCUGGCCCAUGUGGCCCCUGACAGUUAGCUACUGAACCCCUGACAGAGGCCCCCUGGAGGACGGAUGGACCCCCUCCUCGACUUUCUUGUCCCUCGGCAGUCCACGACCAUUGCUAAUAGUAGAUUAAAACAAAAACCACAUUUAGGUCCCAAAUGGCACCCUAUUCUCUACAAAGUGCAUUACUUUUGACCAGAGCCCCAAGUAGUGCAUUAUGUAGGGAAUAGGGUGCCAUUUGGGAAGCAUCCAACCAGUGCUUCUUGGUAUGUGUGUACCUUUCCAA